GUGGUAAAAGCCAUUUUGUUAUGUUAGCUAUGUGGCUAGCGCCACUUCUCUAGCAAGUAGCUGCCUAACGAUGGAUACUUUGAGAUUGAUUAUUGCUUUUAAUUUGUUUCACACGUGGAAGUCAGAGAAGUAUAACAUUUAAUGCUUGUCUAAUUUUAAUAUGGGACGUGAAAUGACGAGGUGGACGUACUCAAUCUUUUGUUUCGCGGAUAAUUUCGCUAGCUAACGUAACGCGUCUGGCUAUUUGAUUUACGAAAUAUAAUUUCCAGUUCGGUUUAUCGAAAAGUUUCCUUGUUUUAUUGAUUAGGUCUUGGUAUCGGCUUUUGUGUCAGCAAGGAAUCUGAAUGUUAGUACUACAUCCUGAAUUAUUUUAAGAAACAUACUCAGAGAGUUGUAUAAUCCAUAUUUAGACGCAUUUGAAGGGACUCAUAAGUGCCGCUGACAGGCUAACGUUAGCCAUCGACAGUACGAACACUUCACAACAACGGCCCUCCUGUUCAUUACCUAUAAUGGCAGAAGACAUAAGACAGGACAAGAAAGCAAACUUCUCUGCUCUAACCGAGCACAACAACAACGGGGUGACAAGGACUUCUGGCCUGGCCUCCAACAAAACGGGCGCUUCCAAGAAAUUAGUUAUUAAAAAUUUCAAAGACAGGCCGAAGCUAGCGGAGACAUACACUGAAGACACCUGGUUAAAGCUGAGGGAUGCCGUAGGUGCCAUUCAAAACAGCACCUCAAUCAAGUACAACCUGGAGGAACUUUACCAGGCGGUGGAGAACCUGUGCUCGUAUAAAGUCUCCCCCACGUUGUACAAGCAGCUCCGACAGCUCUGUGAAGAACAUGUUCAAGCGCAGAUCCACCAGUUCAGGGAAGAGUCGCUGGACAGCCUGUCCUUCCUGAAGAGAAUGAACCGCUGCUGGCAGGACCACUGUAGACAAACGAUCAUGAUCCGGAGUAUCUUCCUCUUCUUGGAUAGGACCUACGUGCUUCAGAACUCGCUACUUCCCUCCAUCUGGGAUACCGGGCUGGAGCUUUUCCGGACCCACAUCGUGAGCGACGGCGCAGUUCAGAAGCGCACGGUGGACGGCAUCUUGGAGCAGAUCGAACGUGAACGCAACGGGGAAACUGUGGACCGCAGCCUCCUCCGGAGCCUCUUGGGCAUGCUCUCUGACCUGCAGGUUUAUAAGGAGUCGUUUGAGGAGCGUUUUCUGACCGAUACCAACAGGCUGUAUGCUGCUGAGGGACAGAGACUGAUGCAGGAACGAGAUGUGCCGGAGUACCUCCAUCACGUGGCGCGUCGGUUGGAGGAGGAGAACGACAGAGUCAUCAGCUACCUCGACCAGAGCACUCAGAAGCCCCUCAUAUCUAAUGUAGAAAAGCAGCUGCUUGGGGAGCACAUGGCGGCUAUAUUACAGAAAGGUCUCAGCAUCUUGCUGGAUGGGAACCGUGUGACAGAACUCGCUCUGCUCUAUCAGCUCUUCAGUAAAGUCAAAGGAGGACUUCCCACUCUGCUGCAACACUGGAGGGAUUAUAUUAAGAGUUUUGGUGGGGAGAUUGUGGGCACCCCAGAGAAAGACAAAGACAUGGUUCAAGAUCUGCUGGACUUCAAGGAUAAGAUGGACAACGUUACCCAGGGCUGCUUCAACAGGAACGAGAGCUUCAUCAACGCCAUGAAGGAGGCCUUCGAAGCCUUCAUUAACAAGAGACCCAACAAACCUGCAGAACUUAUUGCGAAGUACGUGGACUCUAAACUGAGGGCGGGGAACAAGGAGGCCACAGAGGAGGAGCUGGAGAGGAUCCUGGACAAGAUCAUGAUCAUCUUUCGGUUCAUCCACGGGAAGGAUGUUUUCGAGGCCUUCUAUAAGAAGGAUCUGGCGAAACGCCUGCUGGUAGGGAAGAGUGCCUCCGUGGACGCCGAGAAGUCCAUGUUGUCCAAACUGAAACACGAGUGUGGAGCUGCAUUCACCAGUAAACUGGAGGGCAUGUUUAAGGACAUGGAGCUCUCCAAAGAUGUCAUGAUUCAGUUCAAACAGUACACCCAGAACCAGAGUGAGCCCAGUCAGAUAGAGCUCACAGUCAACAUCCUAACCAUGGGCUACUGGCCCACAUACACUCCUAUGGAGGUCCAUCUGCCCCCAGAGAUGGUGAAACUCCAGGAGGUAUUCAAGCUUUUCUAUCUGGGGAAACACAGCGGGAGGAAACUGCAGUGGCAGCCGACUCUGGGCCACGCUGUUCUGAGGACGGAGUUUAAAGAGGGCAAGAAGGAACUACAGGUUUCUCUGUUCCAGACCUUGGUCUUGCUCAUGUUCAACGAGGCGGAGGAGUUCAGCGUGGAGGAGAUCAAGUCCGCUACAGGAAUAGAGGAGGGCGAGUUGAGGCGUACCCUACAGUCUCUGGCCUGUGGCAAGGCGCGCGUCCUCAAUAAGAACCCCAGGGGGAAGGACGUGGAGGACGGAGACCGAUUCAACUUCAACAACGAAUUCAGACACAAACUGUUCCGCAUCAAGAUCAACCAGAUCCAGAUGAAGGAGACGGUUGAGGAGCAGGUGAGCACCACAGAACGGGUGUUCCAGGACCGGCAGUACCAGAUCGAUGCGGCCGUCGUCCGCAUCAUGAAGAUGAGGAAGACCCUGAGUCACAACCUGCUGGUGUCAGAACUGUACAACCAGCUCAAGUUCCCUGUGAAGCCUGGAGAUCUGAAGAAGCGGAUCGAGUCGCUGAUCGACCGGGACUACAUGGAGCGGGACAAGGAGAGUCCUAACCAAUAUCACUAUGUGGCCUGAUCGGAGCCUGGGGGGGCCCAGCUAGUCAGAACCAGCUGCCCCAGAUACAGCCCCCGCCCGCCCCGUUCCCGUCCCCACACCUGACGCCCUGCCCCUGGGCCUCCAGGGCCCACCACGGAGAGGGCCAGCCUGGGGAUGCCAGAGCCCCGCCGAGUCCUGCACACCACAUCUCAGCCAGCGCCCUCCUCAGGGAGACUCGGAGCGGGGCUGGAGGGGUCUGGCUGAUGGCUCGUAGGCUGGCCGGCACAAUCCAUCUGCUAGCAACGCUAACGUAAAAAGGAAAAACUUGGCACUUUCUGAAAGAUGUAUUAUUAUUUUUUCUGACAUUUGUUUUGGGGGGGGGGGGGAGUGGAGCGCCAUCCACCUCUAUCAGUCUAUCAGUUCAGAUGUAGUUUAGCUUGUGUUGAGUUUUCUGUUUUGUUUUUUUUGUGAGGUAACAAGGUUUUGCGGCCUGGGGUUACACUGACAAAGUAUGCCAGUGAGGGCCUCGGAACAGGGUCGUUGGGGGUGGGUACAUGAAAGGAGUGUGAUGGGCUGGGGUUUUGUGGGACGGGGGUGGUUGAGGGAACGGGUCAGGGAUGGACAACGCCGGCUGAAAGGACAAAACUACCCGGGUGUUCCUCUAGCUUUCUCCUGUAUUUUGACCAACUAGUUACGUGCGCUGAAUUUUGUAGACCAGAUUGUAUUCUUUGUAAGAGCGAGCGAGCGAGAAGAAACAUGAAUAAAUGGAUAUUUAAUGAAUGAA